CCAUGUUUGAAUUUGUGACUGAAAAAUGAAAUAAGAUCCAUUAUCUUUCUCUCAGAUUCUGGGAGAGAAUCACGGGAUCAUGGCAGUUGAGGCACGCAUUUCUAGUCCCCUCUCUAUUCGUCUCAAAGUUCACUCUCUAUCUCUCCACUGAUUAGCAAUCCAAAGACGAAAACGAAUCACACUAUCCAACUAGUAUUUGAUUUCCGAUCUAAAAAUGUCUCAAAAUCUCAAUCCAAACCCAACUUACGACGUGAUAAUCUUAGGUGCCUCAGGUUUUACAGGCAAAUACGUCAUUAGAGAAGCUCUCAAAUUCCUCAACGCUCCCUCUUCCCCAUUAAAAAGCUUAGCUAUAGCGGGCCGUAACAGUUCCAAACUUUCCCAGGCUCUCCAAUGGGCAGCCCGUCCAAACCCACCACCCCAAAUUCCAAUCCUCACCGCCGACACAACCGACCCAUCUUCUCUCCGCCACCUCGCUUCUCAGGCUAAGAUCAUUCUUAAUUGUGUCGGCCCAUUUCGUCUGUACGGUGAGCCCGUCGUUGAGGCCUGUGUUGAUUCGGGUUGCGAUUACUUGGAUAUAUGUGGGGAGCCCGAGUUUAUGGAGAGGAUGGAAGUGAAGUACCAUGAGAAGGCUGUGGAUAUGGGCUCUUUGAUUGUUUCGGCUUGUGGGUUUGAUUCUGUGCCUGCUGAAUUGGGCUUGAUGUUCAAUUCGAGACAGUGGCUGCCGCCGGCUGUUCCUAAUCAGGUUGAGGCUUACCUUAGUCUGGAAUCGGACAAGAGAAUUGUUGGAAACUUCGCGACGUAUGAGUCGGCGGUGCUAGGUGUGGCUAACGCGGACAAAUUACAGGAGCUCAGGCGCUCCAGGCCCAAGAGGCCCCGUCCUGUGAUGAAGAGGAUGAGGAGCAGGUAGCUUUGUUAAGCAUUUGUAAAAUUUGAUCAUAUUGCUCAUUGGUGAAGGUA